GACUAUGCCUGUAUAUCCGACAACUACUGGCUGGGGACACGGAAGCCGUGCAUAACCUACGGACUGAGAGGAGUCGUCUAUUUCGAACUGAAAGUGAGAUGUGCAGAGAAGGAUCUCCAUUCGGGUGUAUUUGGAGGGACAGUGUGAGAUAUCCUCAUUAGUGGCAGGAAUGAGGCACUGGUGGACUUGGUGCAUGUCAUGUCCUGCCUGGUGUCGUCGGAUGGGAGGAUAAGAGUGCCCGGAGUGGACGACGAAGUGGAAGGACUCACCUCUGCCGAGUCACACCUGUAUGAAGUGAUGGAUUUCGAUUUGGUUAUUCUGUGAAAUCAUGGUAGGAGGAGUAUAGGGGGGGCAUUGGGUGUGCUCGGUUAGUGCAUGACAAGAAUGGCACACUCAUGCACCGAAUGCGGUAUCCCUCCUUGUCCUUUCACGGAAUCGAGGGAGCCUUCCACGAGGCAGGGUGCAAGACUGUGAUCCCUGCCUGUGUGAAGGGCAAGUUCUCCAUUCGGACAGUCCCCAACAUGGACAACCACGAUGUUAUCAACAAGGUGGAGAAAUACUGUCAACAAGUCCAUUCCGCUCUCAAUUCGUCCACGGAAAUGACGUUUGUGGCAAGUGUAGUGUAUGGAGUUGAGCCUGAUCUGACCCGGGAGGGUGGCAGCAUUCCGAUUGUGUUCGACAUUGAACGGGCUACUAGGGCGAGUGUUGUCCUCCUUCCCUGUGGCCGUGGGGACGAUGGGGCUCAUUCUCAGAACGAGAAACUCGACUUGUCCAAUUAUAUUAAUGGUACUAAAUUGUUUGCUGCCUAUCUCACCGAACUGGCCAAUUAAUUUCUCUUGUUUUGGUUUCAAUUUAUUGUUUUUUUA